AUGCCUGUACCUGUGAAUUCAUCAUUGAAGAAAAGAAAAUCGGAGAGGAAAGCUGAGGCUGUGCGGCCAUCUAAGAUUUUCUCUCCCUUUCGUGUCUUGGGAAAGGUUUCCAAUGAGAUUCCUUUCGCCAUAGGUACCUUGGGCCAUACCUUUUACAUUGUUACCAGUGUGGACAGGGCUUUCCAGAUCUACGAUGCGAACACUCUGCAUCUUCUGUUUGUUUCAAACACCCAAACUCCUUCCAAAAUCAACGCCUUAGCGGCACAUUUCCACUACGUUUAUGCUGCAUGGGAUAACAAAAUUGGUAUUUAUAGACGAGGAAUCCUAGAACAUGUUCUUUCUUGUGAAACAGAAAAUUUUAUUCAGCAGAUUCUUGUGUUUGGUGACUUUGUUAUCUGUACCACUUUUACUAGCAACGAAAUAUUUGUAUUUAAGAAGAAGGAUUCCAAAGAUUCUUAUGCUACUGAAUUCUACACUAGAUUGAGUGUAAACUCUUUACAGGGAAAAAUAGUUGGAAUAGUUCAUCCGGCUACUUAUUUGAACAAAAUCGUCGUGGCUACUACCAACAGUUUAUUGGUUUUCAAUAUCAAAACAGGAAAGUUACUUUUCACUUCCAGUGAUUUCAAUGAGUUCAACAUCACCAGUAUUGAAACGGUUCCAGUGUUAGAUUUGAUAGCCUUUGGUACAAGCGAUGGACAGGUUGUUUUAUAUAACAUCAAAAAGGGAAAGAGAUUCAGAAAGAUUAGAACAGGCAUUAUCUCCAAAGUUACAUCUGUAUCUUUUAGGACAGAUGGUGCUCCUCAUUUUGUAGCCAGUUUUGUCAAUGGAGACCUUUUCUUCUAUGACUUGGAGCACAAAGCUAGAGUACACAUCCUUCAAACUGUUCAUAAAGAAGACCAUGGAGGUGUAUCAAAAGCGGCUUUUCUGAACGGACAACCAAUAUUUGUGACAAACGGUGGAGACAACAUGUUGAAAGAAUACGCAUUUGAUCCUAAUCUAUCUACUACCAACUCUAGUAUAGUUCCUGCUCCGCAUUAUUUGAGAUCUAGAGGUGGACAUUCUGCUCCCCCCACAACAGUUCAAUUUGCAGACCCAAACUCUCAUUUUAUGUUGUCUGCAUCAAAAGACCGUUCACUGUGGAUGUUCUCCCUAAGAAAAGAUGCUCAAGCUCAGGAAAUGUCCCAAAGACCCCCAAAGAAAUCCGCAAAUAAUAAAAGAAUUGGUGUUAUACCCUCUAUGAAAGAUAAGCUGCCCGAGAUUGUGUGUCUAGCACAAUCCAAUAGCAAGGAGGGUGACUGGGAAAAUACCAUCACAGGACAUGCUGGUGAGACCAUAGCUAGAACUUGGGACACUUACAAUAGGAGACUUGGAAGGUGGGAUUUGCCGACUACUGAUGGUGGUCAAGUGAAGAGUGUAGCCAUUUCAGCUUGUGGAAACUUUGGAUUUGUUGGGUCCAGUUCUGGUGGCAUUGGUGUUUACAACAUGCAGAGUGGAAUUCAAAGAAAACUUUACCGUCUCCAUAAGAAGGCAGUUACCGGUGUUGCUGUUGAUUCGAUGAACAGAAAAAUGGUAAGUUGCGGCUUAGAUGGUAUUGUUGGUUUUUAUGACUUUAACGAAUCAAAAUAUUUGGGAAAACUGCAACUUGAUGCGCCAAUUACCCAAUUAGUUUACCAUCAUAGCUCAGAUCUGGUGGCAUUAGUAUUAGACGAUUUAUCCAUUGUUGUCGUUGACUCGGUUACCCAAAAAGUUGUUCGUGUUCUUCUUGGACAUACAAACAGAAUCACCGCAUUGGACUUUACACCAAACGGCAGGUGGAUAAUCAGUUCUGCUUUAGACAACACCAUCAGGACAUGGGAUCUUCCAACUGGAUCUUGUAUUGAUGGUAUUUUUGUGCCAUCUACAGUGACAUCCUUGAAAAUGUCUCCCACAGGAGACACACUUGCAACCACUCAUGUCAAUAGUGUAGGUAUCGCUUUGUGGACCAACAGAGCCAUGUUCCAUGCUGUAUCUAGUAGACACGUUGAAGAAAGCGAGUUCUCUAAAAUCAUGCUGCCCAACACGACCAAUGAUACACAGACCACCAUCAUUGAAGGUGCAUUUGAUGAGAACACCGUUGAUGAUAAUGAAAUCACUGGUGUCUAUAAUACAGUGGACCAAAUUAAUGAAAAACUGGUGACCCUUGGUAUCGGUCCCCGUUCAAAGUUCAACACUCUGUUGCAUUUGGAUGUUAUCAAACAGAGAAAUAAGCCAACUGAAGCUCCAAAAAAACCUGAGAAUGUUCCAUUCUUUUUAGAGUUAAAGGGUGAAAAAGUGGGUGACAGAGCAAUUGAAUCAGAAGGUAAAUUGGAUCCUAAUGGCACUGCAACUCAAGAAUCGGGCACUGAAGCACAGUCCCAACUGAAUUCCCUUAGAGGUGAUAACAGAAUGACUUUUGAGAAUGAAUUUACCAAGAAUUUGAGAUUGAGUUCGGAAACCAAAGAAUACGCGGAGUUCCUCAAGUAUGUUCACAGCUUAUCCCCUAGUCAAGUCGAUCUAGAAAUUCGGUCAUUGGACAUCACAGAAUCAGUUAAAGAGGUAUCGUGCUUCAUAGAAGCUCUGACUCAAGGAUUAGAGAAUAAUGAUAAUUUUGACUUAAUUCAAGCCUAUAUGUCUAUGUUGAUGAAGUGCCACGGAGAUAUUAUAUUUGAUAGUUCUGACGAGGAGCUGAAAACUGCCCUGAGAGGUUGGGAGAGUAUCAACGAAUCUAAAAAGGCCAAUAUGGAUAGCUUGGUCAAAUACUGUUCAGGAGUGAUAAAUUUUUUUCAUACUGUUUAG